CUGCCUAAGUUCAGUGAGGUACCCCAUUUUAUUCUAUUUAGUCAAAGUCGCCAGCCACAAGUCAAGGAGUCCUCUUCAAGUAGCCAUCGUCGUGGUCACUUUCCUCAUUGGCUCUUUCCUCACGAUCACCAACCGAAGCACUCUCGUUCUCCACCACCUUCAACUACACCCCCUCCUCCACCUCCUCGUAAUACCGCAUUAAGAUGCAAACCCUUAACCCGCAGUGUGGAAGUUCAAACAGAACCCCCUGUCCCUCAGUCAUGCUGUUGUACCAACACAGACUUUAAUCCUCUGCUCUAUGAAAGCAAAAACGUUACUAGUUGCUGGUGCACUGCUAGCCAAGGUCAGCCCAUAAUGCUCCAUCAUUACCAUAUGCAUCACUACUAUCAUUGUGAAGAACAGCAGCCGCAACAACAACAACAUUCAGCAAUUGGGUCUACCAGCAAUUCCGUGCCUGGUGAACCGCAAGGUACUGGUUUUCGAACAUCAUCACCACUUAUCAAACUCUCAGCCACAUGGCCACCAAAUAUAGCCAUUACUGGCGCUGAAGAAGCUGAGACAACGACAAUUAUGACGACGACAGCUACUGAAACGCAGAGUCCCCAACAAGAGGAUUGCUGUGAACUAUCUCCCUCUACAGAAGAGGCACCAUGUCCACCGACACACGUCUCAAGCGCUUUAAGGACUGUUGAGUCACCACAGGAACAGGUCAUCACUCCUAAAGACGAUCCUCAAGAAGAUCAGAGAGGAGUAUUCCUUCAAAACAUUGCUCAGCUUAAGCGAACGGGGUGGUACUGGGGCCCAUUAACAAUCGAAGAGGCUGAAUUGCUGUUGCAAGACCGUCCAAAUGGUAGUUUCCUUGUACGCGACAGUGGGCAUGAGCUCUACAUUCUGAGUCUCAGUUUUCGAGCAGAGGACCGGACAUAUCAUACUCGGAUUGAGCAUACAGGAGGAAAGUUUGGCUUCGCGAUUCAAGGGGGUGCAGAUACAACCUCCUCGAGUAUAGCUCAGUUCAUAAAUCAUGUGAUUGCUGAGUCAGAACGUGGAAAAUCUCGUUUCUUCUUGCGUCAAUCGGUGCUUACAAUGUCCCCGACAGCAGAUCAGAACGGAGGCGAAAGAGUGACCAACCACCUGGAAGGCGAAAGCCAUUACGUAGAAGCACGACUCCUCUAUCCCGUUUCUAGAUUCCUUGUUGUUCACUCUUUGGCACAUCUCUGCAGAUUUGAGAUCCUUCUUAAGGUACGGAAAGACCAUAUUGACCACCUCCCACUACCAGAUCCAUUGAAGAAGUACCUUCAUGAACGUCAGUACUAUACCGAAUUUGUCCAGGCUUAUCUAGAAUCUAUAAGAGGAGGAGAGGGAACUGAGCAGGUCUCUUCAAAAGGGGUGACAAGCUUAGACUCCUGA